GGGGGCCGCGAGCUGGGAGCGCGGAGCCGUGAGCCGCGAGCUCAGCGCGCGGGGCUGGGGCCGGGGACCGAAGGGAGCGGAGCGGAGCAGCGGCGCGGCCGCCCCAGCCCCGAGUCCCGCCGCCUUCCCGCCGCUGCAGCGCGGGCCAGCGGCCGCCGCCCAGCUAUGGAGCCGGACAGCAGCCCCCGGAAGAUCCAGUUCACGGUCCCGCUGCUAGAGCCGCACCUUGACCCGGAGGCGGCGGAGCAGAUUCGGAGGCGUCGCCCCACCCCUGCCACCCUCGUGCUGACCAGUGACCAGUCAUCCCCAGAGAUAGAUGAAGACCGGAUCCCCAACCCCCUACUCAAGUCCACUUUGGCCAUGUCUCCACGGCAACGGAAGAAGGUGACAAGGACCACUCCUACAAUGAAAGAGCUCCAGAUGAUGGUUGAACAUCACCUGGGGCAACAGCAGCAGGAAGAGGAGCCUGAGGGAGCCGCUGAGAGCACAGGGACCCAGGAGACCUGCCCAUCUGGGAUCACAGACACAGAAGCGGAGUCCAGGCUGGGCACCUCUGAGAAAGCACGAAAGCCUGCAGAAUCCACCCCAAAAAUUCAGAAGAGGGACAGUGAGAAUCCCAGCACAGAGGAGCCCUCGACCCACAUACCACCACCAUUGGACUCCCAGGGAGCCAGCUCGGUCUGAGAGUGAAGGGGAUAUCCCAGAUUCAAGACUGCAGUUGGGAGUGUGUGGACACUGGAUUUGUUUCUUAUUUCUCCACUUUUGGGGGGGAAUCUCUUGUUUUUAAAAAGUGAUAAAUUUGGUGUUAGGUCCUUGG